AUGUCAUCAUCUUCAAAUAACAAUAAUGAAAAUACAAUAAUAAUUGAUGACGAUGAUGAAGACGCUAAUACUAAUACUACAUUUACAAGAGCUCGUCGAGGGACUGUAGAAUUUAAAUUGCCGCCAAUUGAUGAGAAACAAACGAGUAAUCCACGGCAUCAUCAUAGUGGUAGCUUAUCACGAAAAAGUGGCAGUAUUCAUAGAGCAGCACGUCGUUUAAGUGUGUUAAUGACAGGUGGAAGUGACAAUGAUAAUCAACGUAUAAUCGAAUUAUCACCAGAAGAUAAAUUAAUAGACCACAUAACCGGGGAUUCAUUCAUAGGUAAUUCAAUCACGACAGCACGGUACACUUUCUGGAACUUUUUACCGAAACAGUUGGCCGCACAAUUUUCCAAAGUGGCAAAUUUAUAUUUUUUAUUCGUUGCGGGAUUACAAAUGGUUCCUGGAUGGUCACCAACUGGCCAAUUCACCACCAUCAUUCCGCUAAGUGUAUUCAUAUCGAUAGCUAUGGCACACGAAGGAUUUGAUGAUAUACGCAGACACCGACAGGACAGUGUCGAGAAUAGUAAAGAUUGUUUGGUGUUGCGAAUCAUAAAGAACAACGAUUCAAAUUCAGCUGGUCAAUAUGUGAGUGUUUGGGAAAAGAAGAAAUGGAAAGAUAUAAAAGUUGGUGAUUAUAUACGUGUUCAGGCGCAAGAAUGGAUUCCGGCCGAUUUGUUGCUAUUGCAUUCGAAGGGAGAGGAGGGAAUUUGUUAUGUGGAAACUGCCGCUUUAGACGGAGAAACGAAUUUAAAACAGAAACAAGCAUUGAAAUCGACUAAUGAUUUAUUACAUAACAAAGAAGCUUUGGCGAAUUUUCGUGCCACAGUAACCACCGAAAAACCAAAUCAAGAUCUAUACAAUUUCGACGGGUCAAUAACAUCAAAUGGAAAAAUUUUACCACUGACAACAAAUCAAGUUCUUCUACGUGGAACCAUUCUUCGUAACACCUCCGAAAUAUACGGUAUGGCAAUAUUCACUGGCGAAGAAACAAAACUUCGAAUGAAUGCCUCAAAAAACAUUCGCACCAAAGCUCCCUCAAUACAACGACUAAUCAAUCGAGUCGUAAUAAUAAUAUUUGGUUUUGUGGUAAGUUUGGCUGCGUUCUUCACGCUUUUAGCACAUUUCUGGGAAAAAAGAUAUGGCAAAAAUGCGUGGUAUCUUUCACGCAAACAUGAUAUGGCGACCGCGUUAUUUGGAUUUGUGGUGCUUUUUAACACAAUGAUUCCGAUUUCGUUGUAUGUCACAAUGGAGAUUAUUAAAUUGGCGCAAAUUUAUUUCAUCAAUAAUGAUAUACAAAUGUAUCAUGAAGCGUCUGAUACGCCGGCCGAAGCGAGAACAUCCACGAUUAAUGAGGAUUUAGGUCAGGUGUCAUAUUUGUUUUCGGAUAAGACUGGAACUUUGACCGAAAAUAUAAUGUUGUUCCGAAAGAUUAGUGUUGGUGGUCGUGCUUUCUUGCAUGACAUGGAUAUCAGGAGGAUUGAAGAGGAUGAAUUUUUCGAAAAGCUGAAAAAGACUCAGCAGAAAAAAAUGCGUUAUCGAUUCUCUCUACGACAUCGAGGUUCUCAUCACGAUGAUUCUCAGGAUGCAACUCCAGAGAUAUCUUCUGAUAAUCUUGGGAGACGUGAUUCGACAAGAAGCGGAAAUUUUUCAAUGAUUGCUCCUAUGACAAAUACAAAAUCACCUUUAUAUGCCAGUAAUUCACUGUCUUCUUCGAAAGGUGGGAAACAUAAAUUCCAUUCAACACUGGAUCUAUUGACGAUAAUACAACGUCAAAGUCAUACGUCAUUUGGCCAGUCUGCUCGAUGGUUUCUUCUCGCUAUCGCAUUAUGUCAUACUUGUGUGCCGGAAAUAGACCAAGAAACAGAUGAUAUUUUCUAUCAAGCUGCAUCACCUGAUGAAUUUGCCUUAGUCACUGCUGCCAAAGAACUUGGUUACGUGGUGACUGAUCGUACAAUGGGGACCGUUUCAUUACGUAUAAAUAAUGAUGGUCCAGAUGGAUUAAUAGAAGAAAAUCAUUCGACUACGUCAUUCGAGUCAUAUGAAAUUUUGAAUGUGAUUGAAUUCUCGAGUAAGCGUAAAAGAAUGUCGGUUAUUUAUAGAUUACCCGAUAAAAGAAUCUGUUUAUUAUGUAAAGGUGCAGACUCGAUAAUACUAGAGCGUUUAAAAUCUCCAAAGAAGAGUGGGAAAUCAAAUUAUGAUAAAAAUAAACAAUAUUCCGAUGGUGGAGGUGUACUACCUCCCACUUUUGACUCAAAAAGGUCCAGUAUUGACUCUGAAAAUGUUCUCGAUUCAGGAUCAACGCCUGAUUAUUUCCCAAUUAAGAACGAAACAUGGUUGUAUAGUCAGACAAUGAAUCAUAUUGAAGAUUUCGCCAAUGAAGGUCUACGAACUUUACUUUAUGCACAUCGAUUCUUGGAUGGAGAAGAAUAUGCGAUAUGGAAUAAAAAGUAUACAGAAGCAUCAAUGGCAAUGGUGGAUCGGCAAGCGAAACUCGAAGAAGUCGCCGACUACAUUGAAUAUAAUCUCGAGAUGACGGGGGCUACCGCCAUUGAGGAUAAAUUACAAGACGGUGUGCCGCAGACUAUCGAUAAAUUACGAAUGGCCGGGAUCAGAGUUUGGAUGUUGACGGGUGAUAAGCGUGAGACUGCUAUUAACAUUGGACAUUCCUGUUCGUUAAUUAAGAAUAAUUCAGCGCCUAUUAUUAUUGAUUCUGAAGGCGAUAUGCAAUCAUUUAUGAAUAGGUCAAUCAAAGCUAUUAGUAAUGGUAGGGCGCAAAAUCCAGUAGCAGUUGUUGAUGGAGCCACAUUAAUGCUAAUUGAGAAAGAUGCGAAAUUAAUGGAAACCUUUUUAGAAUUGGGAAUUCUAUGUGACGCAGUAAUUUGUUGUCGUGUUAGUCCAAGUCAAAAAGCACUAGUGGUACGAAGUGUUCGCGAAAAAUUGAAUCAUCAUGUAACAUUAGCAAUUGGAGACGGAGCAAAUGACAUAGCAAUGAUACAAGAGGCACAUGUCGGAAUAGGGAUCACUGGUCGAGAAGGAUUACAAGCAGCAAGAUCAAGUGAUUACUCCAUAGCACAAUUUCGAUUUCUUGCCGAUCUGUUAUUUAUUCAUGGACGAUGGUCGUAUAUUCGUGUAUCGAAAUUUGUACUUGGGACUUUUUAUAAAUGCAUGUGUUUCUAUCUGACUCAAGGGCUUUAUCAAUUUUUCACAGGUUUCACCGGCACAAGUUUAUAUGAACAAUGGACACUGUCAUUCUAUAACACGUUAUUUUCUUCGUUACCUGUCAUUGUAAUUGGGAUGUUUGAAAAAGAUUUAAAAAGAAAAACCUUACUCGCUUUUCCCGAGUUAUAUUCUAUAGGUCAAACAUGUUCUGCAUUUAAUCUGAAACAAUUCUUUUCGUGGAUGGGUGCAGCGGUAUAUCAUGCGAUAGUAGUGCUUGCUGCCCCAUUUCUAUUACAUUCUUAUUACUAUGGCUUUGAAACACGACGAGAUGGAUCUCCACAAUUAUACGAAUUAGGUCUACAAGUGUACACAGCCAUAGUCUUUGUGGUCACGAUAAAGAUCGCAUAUCUCGAAUGUCACAAUUGGACCAUCAUCACACAUCUCACCUCUUUUUUGACAAUGCUCGGCUGGUUCCUCUAUCAGACCCUAUACUCGAUAAUGUACCCGUCGAGCACCAAAGGUGGAAACACUUAUGAUGUUCGUGGUACAUUCCAGCAUGUUGGCACACGACCCGAGUUCUGGGUCACAGUCAUAAUCACGGUUGCCAUUGCGUUACUCCCAAAUUAUAUAGUGAAGAUUAUCAAGACGAUGACACUUCCCACCUAUGUGGAUAUUUAUCAAGCGAAGGAACGAGAUCCCGAUUUUCGAAAAAAGAUUAUUCAGUUGGAAAGUGGCUACGGUGUUGGUGCUGACGUUGGUGGAGAUGAUGAUAUUGAUCAUGACAAAGAAUUUUCAAAGUUUAACGAGGAUGAGCCACAAACAACAUCUACCACCUCACUACUAAAUAACGGCAAUAGUACAGACCGUGAAUAA